AUGGAUUCUUCGAAUAAGCAAGCGACAAAAGUAUUCGCCACAUCACAUCUUCUCGAAAAUAUUUUGAGUCAUGUUGAAUUUGGAAUCAUGAGAAACCUUGGUUUUCGACUCGUAUCGAAGUCAUUCAACAAAGAGAUUCUUCGUCAAAUUCAGAAAAGCCACCGUAAAAUUAAAAUAGAGUAUAUUGGAAAAAUCUUCGGUGAUUUACGUCUGACUAUAACAGACCCACUGGUUGCUCAGAUAUUUGUCGCUCAUAAUAGAGACGUCCGUGUAUUUGUGAAUAAUGAUCAAUUCAAAUUAACUGAGAUCGACGGGUAUUUCAAGUUCAUCAAGAAGUUAGAAAUUGUAAAAAUCGAACAAAUAACAACGAAAAAUCUAUGGAGAUUGAAAGAAACCAUUCAAAAUAGUCUUCAUGAUGCAAUUGUAAAUACCCUGAUUGGAAAAGAUUAUAGUGAUAUUCAAUCUGUUAGAGGAUUGAGUGAUUUAUGUCAUGGGUGCUCCAGUUGUGUGAAUAUUUCAAGAAACUGUCAAGAGUAUGGAUCAUUGAAUUUAUCUUCAAUAAUUGGUACUGGUGAACAAUUCCAUUUCAAGUCGCUCACAUUAUCUGAUAGCAUUUUCGAAGGGAUUCAUGGACUCGCUCCAACUAGUUCAAAAGAAGAAUGUUUUAGACUUUUGAAUUGGUUCAUCACAUCGUUCAAGUCAUGUGACCAUCUUAUAAUUGAACUGUCAGAAAGUACAGUGCUAGUAAACGAAGAUAAUAUUAUUGGCAAUGAAGCCUUGAACGCACCCCUCGAUCAUCAACAUUCACCACGGGAAAUAGUGAAGAUGAUGAUAAACAAAUGGAAAGUGAAGUCAAUCGGGAUCAAGUUUAUCAAUGUAACUCGUAGUUUGAUUGUCAAGAACUUGGUAGAUCAGAAGAAUUUUUUCACAAAGUUAAAGUUGAACGCACCAAGGAGUUCCGUCAAUAAAUCGGAAUUGGAUCGAAAAUUGGAACGUGUUGAUGUGGAUUUGUCUGAUUCCUCUAAGUGUGCAACUGGCAUCACACAUGACAAUUCGGAUUGGAAUCACUACAAAAACUUGAUAGCCAACAUCAGAAACGAGUUCCCAACAAAUCAAAUAUCAAUUAAGUUUUCUCAUUGGAUGCAGAAAAAUCAAGUAGAUAUUCAAGAAGUUUUCAAUAAUAUUCUGAAAACUGUUUUCAAGGAGGAGCAAAAGAAUUUGAAAGUGGUCAUUCGUUACCAUGCAGAUGUAAAAUCAUUCAGCCGUAUGAAUCCCGUGACCAACCAGGAAGAAUUAAUUGAAUUCUCGUCUUCAAUUCUGUUCAAGUCUAGAGAGUUGAGCUUUUCAGUAGAGAAUCAUUCAAUUUAUUGCUCGGUUCGUGAUUUGAGUAAAAACGAAAAUAGUUUUGUCGAGAAAAAAAAAGUUGGAAGAAGAUGUAACAUCGUGGAUUCUCAAAACAAUUGUAUAAUUCAUUUGGAUGUUUUUAUUGAUGAGAAGGAUCUUACCACUGUCAAAAACCAGAUGAAAAAGCAACCAAACAGUUUUUUGUCAAAGAUUGUAUCGCUCUGA